UUAAACUUCCUGCUUGGGAAAAUAAGUUUUUAUUUGUCAACAAUUGAGGUUAUAUUGAAUGUUCCGUUGGGAUUGUUUAGAGAAUAAAUAAUUCCUAUUCCUUUAUUUGGAACAAUGACGUGGAGUUUAAAAUUGAUAUUGCUCGUAUGGUGUAUAUGGUUAAAUGUUAGCAACAACCAGGUAGAAGGAGUGAUUGAUGAACAAUGUAAAGUAGAUUGUGCAUGCUGUUUAGAUAGAAAAUGUGGACCAGGAAACCACUUUUCCUCUGACGAAUGUUAUCUAGGCUGUAUUGAUGGUUAUAGAGGUGCUCGGUGCACCCAACUAUGUACACACAAUUGUACAAAGUGCUAUGAAAAUAGAGAUACGUGUACGGAGUGUUAUGAUGGCUAUUACCCAGGCUCUGCUAAAGACUGCACAUCAAGGUAUUUACCCGGAUGUUAAUCAUGCACGUCAGGAACCACGUGUACAUCAUGUAAGGAGGGAUAUAAUAACGACAAUGGUCGAAAUGAUUGUAGUAAUCGUAUUUGUCCUGAAAAUUGUAAUUGUAAUAACGGUCAAUGCGCAUCAUGUAAGGACGGAUAUUACGAUACCAGUAACAUUUGUAAUAGUUUAUGUCCAAGUAACUGUGUCACGUGUUUGUCGAAUACGGUUUGUGGACCGUGUAAGGAUGGUUAUUAUAAGGGUUACCAUAAUGACAACAUUAACCUCCCUUUGUUGAACGACUGUACAUACAAAUGUCGAGAUAAUUGUAUACGAUGUUCGUCCUAUAAUAGUUGCUCUCUGUGUAUAACUGGUUUUUAUGGAUCGACAUGCGACAACAGUUGUUCGGCUGGUUGUAUAUCAAACACUUGCGAUAUACUUACUGGAAACUGUCAUUGUUCUCCGAAUUUUGCUGGAGUAAGAUGUGACAAAUGCGAACCCGGGAAUUAUGGAAAUAUGUGCUAUCAACAAUGUCCUGCACGAUGUAAAUAUAACGUAUGUGAAAAAGAUUCCGGAGAUUGUACAGACGGAUGUACUUCAGACACGAUUAUUGGUGAUAAAUGUGACGUCUGUUCAACCGGCUGGUAUGGACACUACUGUAACAUGUCUUGUUCUGUAGGCUGUAAAAAUCAGCAAUGCGAGAAAAGUAAUGGUGAAUGCUCAUAUGGAUGUCUUGACAGCUUUGUAGGAGGACAAUGCAAUCAAUGUAAACCUGGCAAAUAUGGAGAAUCGUGCCGUAGUGACUGUCCAAAUAACUGUGACGAGAAAGGCUGCUUAAAAGACUCUGGUAAAUGUAUAAGCUGUCGUGUCAACUUUGAUGGAGAGAAAUGUGAUAGAUGUCGUCCUGGCUUUUUUGGUUCAUUUUGCUCUGUGACAUGCCCAUCUAACUGUUUGAACGGUGUAUGUGACAGAGAUACAGGGACGUGUUCUGGUGGCUGUGUCUUCAAUUAUUCUGGUGACAGAUGUUGUAUAAAUAAUACCAACUGUAUCACAUGUUUGUCAGAUACAAGGUGUAAACAAUGUAAGUCUGGAUACUUCAAUGACCAAUGUGACAAACAAUGUCCUCAAAACUGUCUAAAAUCCUGUCAUUUCGAAACAGGUCUUUGUGGCGGUUGCAAAGAUAACUUUUAUGGUGAAAGUUGCAAUUGUGCAUGUGCCUCUACAUGCAACAUUCAAACAACAGGCGGAAGUUUAUGUCAGCAAAGUAAUGGAAAGUGUCUUUAUGGAUGCGUAGAUGGUUUCCAUGGUUUACAGUGUUCUGAAAAAUGUUCUGUUUAUUGCAACGAUACAAUUUGUAAGCAAGACGACGGCAUAUGUACAAACGGUUGCAAAAUGAAAGUAAAGAAUGACAAUAUUUGCCCUCUGACAUCCGAUGAUGAUGUUUUAGACUCAAGUUCCUCCGAGCAGUCAGUAACUACAGCUGCAAUUUCACUUGGAACAUUUUUUGCUGUGUCAUUAGUUGUUAACAUCAUACUUGUGGUUACGUUGAUUCUCCGGAAGUAUCGAAAAAGGUAAAGAUUAUUAAUAUAUUCAACUGAAUUAAAGUCGAGUCAAAGAAAGAACAAAAAGAACAUGAAAGUUGUAAAAACUGUAAAAAAUAUGUUAUAUGUUAAAUAUGCUAAACAGUUUUCGCCUUUAAUUUCCACUUUUGGAGUAAAAAAUUAAACUUUUGUCAAAUAAGAGAAAAUAGGAAUCCCUACAUUGUCCAAAACGGUAUAUUUGAUAAUGUUACUGAGCUUGUUCAUGUACAAUACUGUCUAGUGCAAAUUACAAGCCACAUUUGCAGAUGUGCUCUUACGGUGGUUACCAAGGAACCUAUAAUGUGACACUUUCGUGCCAUUCCACUAAAAGUGGCGUAUGGUCCCAAAGUUAAAGAAAGGUGUGCUCUAAACGGGGAAACAAAUCGCGGAACCACAUAAAAUUGACUUUUCAAAGGGGAUAAGGGGUUAUGAUGCCUUCAUAU